AUCUCUCCAGUGUAUUUUAUUUACGAAGUAGACUUAAUCAAACUAAAGAGAACAUCAUGUCAGAUUCUAAAAGUGGUCAACAGGGACAAGACAGCCAGCAAGGCCAACAUGGUCCUCAUGGAGGCCACCAUGGUCAUCAUGGAGGCCAACAUGGUCAUCAUGGGGAACAAGGCCAGCAAGGACACCAUGGCUUAGGUAGUGGUGGACAGCAAUGCCAGGAUCAGAGUUCCACUGGAGGUCCAAAAUCAGGUGGUGCUGGUGGACAGCAGUGUCAAGAUCAAAGCUCAUAUGGUGGACGAGAAUCAGGAGGCAAAGGAGGACAGUGCCAAGAUCAAAGCUCCUGUGGUGGCCAGAAAUCAGGGGGUAACGAUGGGCAGUGUCAAGAUUCAGGCUAUGGUGGUCAAAAAUCAGGUGGCAGCGGUGGGCAGGGCCAGGAUCAAAGCUCCUGUGGUGGUCAGAAAUCAGGUGGUGACUCUGGGAAACAGUGCGGGGACGUAGGAUACUGCGGUGGGAAUAAAUCAGAUGGCCAGAACCAGGGGAAAGGCCCUGGCAGUAAGAAAUAAGAAAAGGGAUGUUUCUGUCACAACUCCAUACCUUAUACCGCUUGUUGCUGCUAUAACUUUAUACAAUAAAAUUCACUAUACUG